AUGGAGAGUCCAAGGGUAUUGGAGCCCUUCCAGCCAUCAGAGCCCGACACGUGGGAAGACUACGUCGAACGCUUCGAGUUCUUCGCAGAGGCUCAAGGGAUCACCGAUGCCAGCAAAAGAAGGGCCACAUUCCUGAGCUACUGUGGGCCUGAGACCUUCAAGCUGGCCAAGGCAUUGCUUGCUCCAGCGAAGCUAAGUGAGACAUCUCUCAAAGAUAUUCUUGCCUGCCUAACAAGCCACUUGGCGCCUACUGAGACCAAGAUGGCUCGGCGGAUGGAGUUUCAUAAGAGGCAGCAGCAUGCUGGGGAGUCUGUAUCUGCAUUUCUGGCUGAACUGCGGAAGCUCGCUCAGCACUGCGACUUCCAAAAUCUGGAAGAGACUCUCCUGGAUCGGUUUAUCGGUGGUCUGAGCAGCAAGAAGGCCAGAAGACGCAUCGUGGCUAAAGAAGAGGUUACCCUUGCUUCAGCCUUGAAGGAGGCCACCGCCACGGAGAAUUAUGAAAGAGAGGAGCUUGAUGCCAGUCGCAAGGCCCCUAAGCCACAGAUAGAAGUUGCGCAUGCCAUGGACGAGCUAGAGGCUACUCCGAGCCAGAGCCCAGUCCGUGGGGUCGAGUCAGUGAGUCAGGCCUGCACAGUGCACAAAGAUCACCGAGGCAGGUGCCCAGGUUGUGGCGGAAACCAUGAGCGGAAGAGUUGUCGUUUCCGGGAUGCUAUGUGCCGGACGUGCGGGAAGACAGGUCACAUCGCCAGGGUCUGUAGAUCGGCGGCGUUGGGAGCGACAGGAGCACCUAGACCGGAGCAUCGCAGACCGCCCGCAGCAACCCAUUUUCUAAAGGACUGCCACUACGUUACGGAGAUCAACGGGAGGGUCGUGCAGUUCCCAGCACAAGGCAAGGCACACGUCAAGGUGAAGAUUGAGGGUCAGCAGUGCGACAUGGAGGUGGACUCCGGAUCUGGAUUCACUAUCGUGUCGGACCAGACCGCGAGGACAUUCUUCCCCAGGGGUAAGUUGCCCCCUCUGGAACCCUUCCCGGCAACCUUGCAGUCAUACUCAGCGGGCCGCAUCCAUGUUAUGGGAAUGUGUGCCGUGAGAGUACAGUUCCGGGACAAACAGGCUGUACUCAAACUGGUGAUUGCGAAGGGCAGUCGCCCCAGUCUCCUGGGCACUGACUGGUUCCCCGCCCUGGGACUGAGUAUAUCAGGGCUUAAUUCAAUCCAAACCUGCCCUGAGAUGAGCGAGGCAUUAUGCAAAGAAUUUGCUGGUCUCUUUAAUGGAAAACUGGGUUGUUAUAAAGGGCCCCCAGUUGACUUCGAGUUGGACCCUGGGGUGGCCCCAAUCCGACUCAAACCAAGGCGAGUGCCAUUUGCACUGCAACCCAAGAUCGAAGCAGAGCUGGAUAAAUUGGUCAAGCAGGGAGUUCUCUCACCCGUGGACUCUGCUAAGUGGGAGACUCCAAUCGUCACGCCCCUUAAAGCAAAUGGGGAAGUCAGGAUCUGUGCAGAUUACAAAUGUACUAUCAAUAAGGCACUCAGGGGAACUCAUACCCCAUUCCAGUCGUAUCACAUCUGUUGGCUAAACUGGCUGGGGGCAAGGUGUUCGCCAAAAUUGACCUGGCACAAGCUUACCAACAGCUGCCAGUAACCCCACAAUCAGCGGAAGCACAGACUAUUGUCACACAUAAAGGGGCGUUCAGAGUUAACAGAUUACAAUUUGGAGUUUGUGUGGCCCCAGGGAUUUUUCAAGGGCUCAUGGAACACCUGUUAAGAGGUCUGCCGGGGGUCUUGCCAUUUUUGUGAUGACGUUUUGAUUGCUGGAAAAGACCCACAGGAACUGGUUGCGCGUGUUCGUGCAGUGUUGCUCAAGUUCAAGGAGGUGGGGUUGCAACUGAAAAAGGAAAAAUGCAGUUUUGGGGUGCCAACUGUGGAUUUCUUGGGGUUUAAAAUUGAUGCAUCAGGCAUCCACCCCACAGAUGCUAAGAUUAAGGCCAUCAUCGAGGCGCCACGACCACAGAACAAGACGGAGUUGCAGUCAUUCCUGGGACUUAUUAACUUUUAUCAUUCGUUCUUACCCCAGAAAGCUUCGGUAGCUGAACCAUUACAUAGACUGUUGCAGAAAAAGACUGUGUGGCGAUGGGGGCAGGGGCAGCAGAAGGCUUUUGACUCCUUGCGAGGAAUGCUGAGUAGCAGGAGUGUCCUUGCUCAUUAUGACGAGUCAAAGCCUCUGGUCCUGGCAUGUGAUGCCUCUCAAUACGGCCUGGGGCGGUGCUAAGUCAUAGGGAACCGGAUGGGUCGGAAAAGCCCAUCUCUUUCUAUUCCCGGACGUUGGCGACCACCGAGCGCAACUAAGCUCAAAUGGACAAAGAGGCGAUUGCAAUUGUGGCAGGAAUCAAAAGUUCCAUGAUUAUGUGUACGGUCGCCAUUUCUACAUUGAAACGGACCACAAGCCACUGUUAGGGUUGUUCAACCCGAACAAACAAACGCCACAAAUUCUCUCCCCCAGAAUGUUACGUUGGUCUAUAUUCCUGAACGGGUUCCAGUACACCUUGACCCAUGUGCCGGGAAACGGUUGUGCCACGCGGAUGCGCUGAGUCGAUUGCCCCUUCCUGGCGGGAGCACUGAGGAUCCUGCUCCAGCGGAGCACAUAAUGAUGCUGGAAACACUUCCGGAGGCUCCUGUAACGGCUACUGAUAUAGCUGAGAAAACGAGGAAAGAUGCUGUUCUCUCCCGUGUGCUCACUUGGGUGGGGAGGGGGUGGCCAGGUGGUCCGCAUGAAGACAAAUUCAGGCCUUAUGCGACUAGGCAGCACGAGUUGUCCAUGCAUAAGGGUUGUCUCCUGUGGGGAGAUAGGGUGAUCAUCCCAGCACCACUGAGAAACAGGGUUCUUGAGACGCUUCACAUGGGACACCCGGGAAUGGUCAGGAUGAAGUCGCUAGCCCGAUGUUAUGUGUGGUGGCCUGGAAUGGACCAGAACAUAGAACAAUGGGUACGAACAUGCAAGGCAUGCCAAGAGGUGCGGCCAGAAGUGGCCAGAGCACCAGUCCACUGGUGGGAGCAGUCCAGAUCUCCCUGGAGCCGGCUGCACUUAGAUUUUGCUGGGCCAUUCCAAGGAAAGGUCUUUUUGGUUAUCGUUGAUGCAUAUUCCAAAUGGUUAGAAGUGGCGAUGGUCCCUAGCAUGGCAUCAGCUGCCGUCAUCAAGGUGUUGAGGCAGCUGUUUGCAACCCACGGGUUACCUGAGACCAUUGUAUCAGAUAAUGGGGCAGCUUUUGUAUCCCAAGAAUUCAGGGCAUUCUUGGCUGAUAACUUCAUAAGAGGGGUCACAUCCGCGCCCUUUCACCCAUCCUCCAAUGGGCAGGCUGAGCGCAUGGUAAGAACAGCCAAAGAAUCCAUUGCGCGCUUAAUGGAGGGUAACUGGUCAGCUCGCAUCGCGCGAAUGUUAUUUUUGCAGCAUGCGACGCCGUGUACCGCAACGGGCAAGUCGCCAGCUGAGCUGCUCUUGGGUAGGAGACUGGUAACGGUGCUGGAUUAUGUCCACCCGGAUAAAAUGCCAAACCAUAAUUCAAGAGCAACCCCCCAGGCUGAGACUGACACAACAAGGUAUCUCGCCCCUGAAGAUCUGGUCUGGGUGAGGAACUAUUCACGAGGUUCGCGGUGGGUGGCUGGUGUGGUCACCCGGGCUAGUGGACCUGUGUCCUAUUAUGUGACCUUGGCAAAUGGGCAAGUGUGGAAGAGACAUAUAGAUCAGCUGAGGCGCCGGGCGCUCAGCAGGGAGGAGCCAGAUAAUUCAUCCCUGGCUAACGACGCAGAGCUGCAAGACCAGAGUGAAAAUGGCCCAGAGGUGCAAUCACCAGGGGCUUUAACAAAUGAACCAGGGUCUGCUAGUCCUCACGAUGACGAGGUACAGAUAGGGGACCCUGAGAUGUCGGGGACUCCAUCUGUUCCUGACGAAACCCCUAGAGCAGCCCCUCUACCACAGGUAACACCCAAUCCAGAACCUGCAACACCUGUUGUCAGGAGAUCAAGUAGAAGUUGUAGGCCCCCCACAGUACCUGAGAGAUUACGUCUGCUGUGCUCACUAGGGGGGAAGGGGUGUUGUGUAUUGAGUCAAAGGAUUUUAUAUCUGUAUUAUUAUUGUCUGUAUUUGCAUUAGGGUAAAGUAACUGCCUUUUGGUUCCAGAGGGUACAGCUACUAUUGGUUCAUUUAAGCUGCUGUAUUUGGAUCCUCUGUCUUAUUGGUUCCCUCCAAAAGGCAGGACUGUGAUUGCCUGAUAUUGUUCCCUCCAAAAUGUAUCCUUUCUUGCUAGUUCCCUGUCCCUAUAAAUGUAGCUUUCCUCUCCCCAGUCUUUAGUCUUGUUGCUUUAAUAAAGAAGUGUUACUAGAGAACUGUCUCCAGCAUGUUAUAUCAGGAGAGCUGAAAUCACAAACCCCACGUCACAACAACACAGUGGUACCUCGGUUUACAAACUUAAGCUUUUCCAGAACAGGUACCACUGUAGUAAUAAUAAUAAUUUUUUGUAAUGGCUUGGCUCUCCCACAGAAGCAAGACACCGGCAGUAAUUAUCUCAGGUUUAUUGCUCAAACACAUAAAUCACUCCGGAGCUCCUUCACUCCGUGUCUGACUUCAAGUUUGCAGUUGCCAAGUCUAAACUCCGCCCCUUCCUCUUCUUCCAAGAGGGGAAUAAACCCUUUUGCUUCCGCUCUUUCCCCCUCCUCUCACUGACCUUUUCGCGCCUUUGAGUUUUUGGGCUAGCUAUUCCUGGCCUCUCUCCUUUUGUCUCUGAGCUAAGAUUGGUAUUUUGUGGAUCUUUGCUAUCUGCUGCCUUCUCUCUGUUCUCUGAAGCUCUGCCGUCUUGCCUCAGCAGUACGGACCUGAUGCGCCACUCUUACCCUGCGCCUUGUUACGGUAAAAUCUGGGUGCGGGGUUACUCUGCCACCCAGCUCGUCGGACUGAGUCCGCGGGUCCCUGCGGAAGAAAAUGAGCUCAGCCGGAGACGGGAGCAAGUUCCAGGAGAUCCAAGUUUAUUGCGCAACAGGUUCAAGACGAGAUUGAACCGCGAGAAAGGGGUGACAUGAACUUUUGAAAUUUCCCUCCAUGUCCCAGAAUACAGUGCAAAAUACAUCCCAGUUACAUCAUGAAUACAUUAAGAAGAGGUUGGGUUACACAGAUUACAUCACGAAUACAUUAGGAAGAGGUUGGGUUACACCGGAUUAACAUAUGGAGGAGGGAGGGGGGAAUAUGCAGAGCUGGAGAUAUGCGCAGAUAAGCACAUCCUGAGAAGACAAUGGUCCAUGUAUGCAUAGUCUGUCACCUGGCAUCGCCCGGAGGAACAGGAUUAGGGUCUUGACACCUUGCUUGAGGGAUUAUGGAGGACAGGGGAGGUGUCAUGGAGUCCUAGAGAAAUUGAGCAAAUUGGCACGUUGAUUUUCUAUGAAUUUUAUAGAUUUUAGUCCCUUUUGACAUUGACAACUGGAAAUAAAUGGAUAUAUUGUAGCGAAGAAGGUGGUGAAGAAGACAUGCCCCCCCCCUUCCGUAUCAGCCUUCUAUUCCCGCCAGCUCCUUCCAGCGGAGCGUAACUAUACUGUAUGGGAGUGGGAACUACUGGCCAUCAAGGUGGCCUUUGAGGUCUGGCGCCACCAUCUUGAGGGGGCACGACUCCCGGUGGAGGUGAGAACCGACCACCGGAACCUGGAGUACCUCCAGACCACCCGCAAGCUGAACCAAAGGCAGAUCCGGUGGGCGUUGUUCUUUUCCCGGUUCCAGUUCCGGAUCCGCUACAUCCCUAGCUCCCAAAACCAGAAGGCGGAUGCCCUGUCCCGGAAACCUGAAGACAACGCAGACUCGGUACAGCAAGCAGUACCCACCACGAUCCUACCACCGGCUGCAUUCCUGGCCACCCAGGAGGCUGAGCCACUGCAGGCUCGGGUGCGGAAACAGCAGCGGGUCGACGCUUGGGCCCAGGAACGACUCUGGGAACUGGCCGAAGGGUCAUGCCCUCAGUAUCCGGGGCUGGUCUUGCACCAGGGCCUUCUGUUGCACCACGGUCGCCUGUGCAUCCCGUGGGGAUGUGGAAAAUUUGGCCACAAAAAAUUUUAUUGUAGAGCUGGAGGGGGAAAGUCUGUCAAUAUUAGCCCUCCAAAAAAAAAAACCAUAUUGUAUCAAAGCAGUUGAGGAGAGCCAAGCUAGUCAGGAUAGGCCGAAGCCUGCUGAAGUGGUGGAGGCUAAAGUGGCACAUUGCUAUGCCAUUAAACAAGACAAUCUUUUUUUGAAAAACGCUGGGGAAAUUAUUUGGAUUGAAGGGAGGAGAUUUCUAGGGUUAAAAGAUACAGGCUCACAAGUCACUAUUGUCCACCCAGAGAUAAUCUGUCCCACCAAAAUAAUUCCAAGGAAAGUUAUGCGAUUAAAAGGAAUUUCAAAGCAGCCUGAGGUAUUACCCGUUGCAGAGAUCCAUGUUAAGUUCCAAGAUUGGUCAGGACAGUGGCAGGUUGCUAUUUCUGAGGAGAUUCCCACCACUGUGCUGAUCGGAUGGGAUCUCUUAGAGCAUGAACAGAGUUCUUUUGUAGUUACUCACUCCAAGGGGGGUCAACAGUCACCUGAUGCUGAGGGGAAUGCUACUGUUGUCAAAGGAGACAGAGCUGAGGAACAGAUCUCUGAGGGGAGAAAUGAAGCCCUGCUGGUUCCUUUUACAAAAAACCAAAAACCUAGUUUUGCCCAAGAACAGAAAGAGGAUGCUGAUUUAAUUAAUUGUUUUGAGGCAGCCCAAACAAAGCAGAAAACCUGGUACGACAAAAAGGCCAGAGUAAGAACUUUUGAACCCAAUAGUGAAGUGUUGCUACUGAGGCCAACCAAAGGAAAUAAAAUGCAACUAGCAUGGAAGGAACCAUACAAAAUCGUGUCCAAAAUGAGUGAUGUAAAUUACAUAAUCCAACAAGGGGAAGAAGGGCGUCAGGUGGUUCGUGUGAACAUGUUAAAGCCUUAUCUUAGACCAGAAGGCUGGACAGUGUAUGCAAUACGUGAAGAUCCAGACGAAGCUGAUAGAACAUGCUGGGAAGGGAGAGGGGAGCAAUUAUGCAAUCUACAAGAAAUUAAGAUAGCUCCUACAUUAACCCUUAAUCAGCAGGUGGAGGUUAAACAGAUCCUACCAGAUUAUAAGGAAAUUUUCAGUAAUACUCCAGGUAGAGCUAAGGGAGUUGUACAUCAUAUCGACACCGGGGAUGCCGAGCCCAUUGCUGUAACCCCCUAUAGGAUAACAGGAGAAUAUGUGGGGAAAGUUAGCAAUGAGGUAAGGGAGAUGUUGAAGGCAGGGAUCAUAACCCCUUCGGAAAGCCCCUGGGUAGCAUCCAAAGUGUUGUUAGACAAACCUGAGGGAUCUAUCAGAUUUUGCCUGGAUUAUAGGAAGCUGAACCAUGUCACUAAAGCAGAUGCAUAUCCAAUGCCACAUUUAGAUGACCUGAUCGAAGCUAUAGGCCAGUGUCAUUACAUCACCUGCCUAGACUUAACAAAGGGAUACUAUCAAGUAAAAAUGGACCCUAGGAACCAGGAGAAAACUGUGUUUAGAAGUCGCUUAGGGCAGUUUGAGUUUAAAGAAUGCGCCAGCCACUUUUCAGCGACUGGUGGACAAAAUCCUGAACGGAUUACGAGGGUUCACAGUUGCUUAUUUAGACGAUAUUGCUGUGUACAGUCCAACUUGGGGUAA